AUGAGUAAGGUGUCUGUGAAUGGAGAUUGCGUGGAAGGGAACGGGAAACAGUCGACCGGCUUGAAACCUUCUCCGCCAGUUUCCUUGUCUGUAACCCCAGGCUCUGCAAUCGGCCGUGGAUCCGAACUGGUUGAUCAGCGUUCGACAGAAACCAAUCCAAAUCUUCACUUCGAAGAACAAAUUUCGGCAUCAAUUAGUCUCUCCCAGAGAUCUUUCAGGAUAACGGACAGUCAGGGGGUACCAUGA